ACCUUGCAGUACUGAACUACUGAUCACUAGUUUUGCGUCCUCGUAGUUACGUUCAUUGUACAAGUUCUCAGAAACUCACCCUUUAGUUUGGAGAUGGGAUCUAACUAUUUUAUCGUAACAGUGCUGCUUCUGCUCAAUGUGUCAACAAGGAGCGUGUUAGGCUGCAGGGCCUACUGUAAAGGCAGUCAAGUCAGAUGUCUUAAAAGACAGCACCAGAACAACUGGGAGAUCACUUGGGGCAAAGAACUAGCGGUUCAGGCCCAGUUAGCCGCCAGAGAGGAUGUCGAGCAAAUGCAGCAGCUUACAGACCCUCAGUCCGGAGGCAACUGGGAAAUCAGUGAAACGUCUGCUACGGUAAUAGAAAGAGUUAAACACGAGGUUCCCGACUUUGCCAUGAGGACUGAGAUUUGCAGCCACUAUCUGCAAACCUACAGAGUUACUAUCAAGAGAAAAUUCCGAGGAGGUAAAGUCGGGUGCGGGGUCGACUGGAAUGACACUUUUAUUGUGGUUCAUUGUUUGUAUAAGUAUGUAAACGAAUCCUAAAUCGAAACUGUUAUUAUCAGAUCUUAAAUUUCCCUCAACUUUGAAUAACCAUUUCAUGUUAUUUGUAACUGUUUACUUCCCAUAUUUUGGGAUAUGUU